ACCACCUCUCAUGCAUACCUGAUUUCACUUUCUCCCUAGCAUCCUCUCUCAAAUUUCUUGAAUUGGCUGACAAUCUGAUAGUCAAUGUAACAAAUUUAUCCUUUGUUGGCCUUCAGCUCGUUAGAACUCUGAAUCUGGAAAGAAAUCAAAUAGUCCACCUAUCUUCUGGGGUGUUUUCAUAUAUUGGGGAUCUAAGAGUUCUUGAACUGAGUGGAAAUCCUUUGACAUAUAAGUCAAGUCGGCCAUUUAUGGGAAUACAGGGUCUUGAAUAUCUUGAACUUGCUAAUAUGCCAUUUUCAAAUGUGUCCCUUCAUGUGUUGGAGGACAUUCAACUUGUAUAUUCACUAAACAUUGACAAAAACAUGGCUUUUGGACAAUUUUUCAUCAACAAAGCAAGUGUCUUACCUUUCACAAAUUUCCCAAACCUACGGCGUAUUUCCCUGUCGUCCAAUGAACUUAGAAACCAGUGUCCAUUAUUACAUAUUAAAUAUUUACAAGUGAUGGAUUUAUCCAAUAAUCUGUUUAGUUCUAUUCCUACAUAUUGCUUGCCAAACAAUGCCGACUCUCUGAACUUGUCUCGCAAUAGAAUCAGGAGUGUCAAUAAAGAUUCUUUUGGAGAACUUCAACAUCUCUGGGUACUGGAUCUGAGUUACAACAGAAUUGUGUCUUUCAAAUUCCGUGCCCUGGAACAUCAGAAGAACUUGGCAACUUUACAUCUUGCAGGCAAUCUACUGACAACACUUGAUAUUAGUUUCUUGUCCUUCUCUUUGAAGUCAAUAGUAAUAAAUUUACAAGAUAAUCCUUGGUUAUGUGAUUGUGACCUGAUCAUGGCUGUCUGUAUGCUGGAGUCCUGGAUGGAUGAUCCUGUUGUUUGCAGUCAACCUGCUGGUUAUUCCAAUUCUAGUUUAGCUGAACUGGCCAUGUCCAACAACUUCACAUGUCUGCCUCAACUGUGUUCUCAGCCACUGCAGACACUGUUGACAUUCAUCGGUGAUCAGUCCGUCGAGAUACCUUGCCCAAUCAUCACCUCAAAUCUGUCGGUCAUCAUUCACUGGUCAUUUACCUCUCAUAGGCAACAACUGCCCUCUAUUGGUAGUGAACUACCAGACAGUGUUUCUGUCCUUCCUCACAAUGCCCUCUUUAUUGAACAUGUCAGCCUGAACCUGACAGGGACCUAUACCUGUUGGAGUGAGAAUGGGGCUGGGCGGACAAAAUUCAUGGUGAACUUGCUUGUAGAGGAACAAUCAGGGACGGUUCAGAAACUUAUGGAGGAUAAUACGUCUACAGUGUUGGCCAAGAAUUGGAAGGAAACGCUCUCCUGUGGUAACUCUGGAUGCCGUAAUAAUGACAGAUCAAUCACAACAAGGAUAUCGUCUUUAUUAGUAGCCCUCUGGCAGCUGAGGGAAUGGAAGAAAAAUAUUUUAAUUUGAAAACAA